CGAAGCGACACCCUCAGCCUUCAACCUCCGGGCUGGUGACCAGGCCUGAGCAAUCGGAGGUCGAGCGCCGAGCGGGGCAGGGCGGGGAUCCGAGCGCGGACCUGGCUUGCUCCCCGCGGCGCACCUGCCUUGGCCGUACCCCGCCUCCCCCGACCUCCACGGAACCUGACGAGCCUCCGAACCUUCUACUGAAGUGUGUCCUUGCCCCGCCGUGCGUGCUCUAUCGGGGUUUCCAAUUCCUCCUAGAGUCUCGAAGCCUUCUCCCCGCGGUGUCCAAGCCCUCCUCCCAGGGUCUCCGCACCCUCUCCUGUGGGAUUUCCAACGCUCCUCUCCCUGGGCCCAUGCCACACCUGAGGGCACUGGGUCCUGUUGGUGCUCAGUAUCUGUGAGGCCUGCUGUUUAGUUUACAACAUUCAGUUUCCUGUCCAGUGGGCAAGAAGUAAGAUCUUAACCAGUCCUGUCAAGAUACCUAAGAUUCUGAAUGAGUGGAAUUAGCAGUGAGGUGCAUUCAUAAGGAUUAAGUCUAAAGAAGAUUUUGCAGCAAUUUACUUUGGUAAACAACUCUGAAUGUGUCUGAAUCAGGAAGAAGUGCCCAGAAAAGAGAUUUUUUUAGUUAUAUGACUUCUCAAAAAAUAGUGAGAUGUCGGGUUCCUCACCAUUUAAGAUGCGACUAGUUCAUCUGGACCUGAAAGGAGCCCCGCCAAAGGUCUGCUACCUCUCGGAGAUUUUCCCCCUGUUCCGUGCCCUUGGUGCAAAUGGUGUCCUCAUUGAGUAUGAAGACAUGUUUCCCUACGAGGGCCACCUGAGGCUGCUGAGGGCCAAGCAUGCGUACAGCCCUUCCGAAAUCAAAGAGAUCCUGCACCUGGCCACACUGAAUGAGCUGGAGGUCAUUCCCUUGGUGCAGACAUUUGGGCACAUGGAGUUUGUGCUGAAGCAUGAGGCUCUUGCUCACCUCCGGGAAGUGGCACGUUUCCCCAAUACCCUGAACCCCCACAAAGAGGAGUCCCUGGCACUGGUCAGAACCAUGAUCGACCAGGUAAUGGAGCUGCACCCGGGCGCCCGGUGGCUCCACGUCGGCUGUGACGAGGUCUACUACCUUGGAGAGGGUGAGACCUCAAGACAGUGGUUGCAGCAGGAGCCCAACAGCAAAGCAGGGCUGUGUCUGUCCCACAUGGAGGCGGUGGCCAGCCAUGUGCAGGCCCGGUACCCCACCACAACACCCCUGAUGUGGGACGACAUGCUGCGGGACAUCCCCGAGGACCAGCUCUCAGGGUCGAGGGUACCACAGCUGGUGGAGCCUGUGCUCUGGGACUACGGGGCUGACCUGGACAUCCACGGCAAAGCGCUCCUUGUGGAGAAGUACCGGAAGAGCGGCUUCUCCUGGCUCUGGGCCGCCAGUGCCUUCAAGGGGGCCACAGGAGUGAACCAGAGCCUGACCCCCAUUGAGCACCACCUCAGAAACCACCUGCAGUGGCUGCAGGUGGCGGGCAGCGUGCCAGCUGACACGCUGCGGGGCAUCAUCCUGACUGGCUGGCAGAGGUAUGACCACUUCUCCGUGCUGUGCGAGCUGCUGCCCGUGGGAAUCCCGUCCCUGGCUGUCUGUCUGCAGGCGCUGCUGCACGGAGACUUUGCUGAAAAUGUCAAAGCAAGAGUGGAGAACUUUCUUGGGGUUUCGAGCCUGGAGGAAAUGGAUUUUAGGAGUGAGGGCGCCAGCUCCUUCCCUGGCAGCGACAUCCUGGCCCUCGUCAUACAAGUCAGCCUCCAUCUGUGCAGCUCCGUGGAUGCGCUGCUGGAGAGGGACAGGUACGUGACCGGCUGGUUCAGCCCCUACCAUCGCAGGAGGAAGCUCAUCCAUCCCGUCAUGAUCGAGCACAUCCAGCCCCAGGCACUCAGUCUCCUGGCCAGGUGGGAUGCCCUCGCAGGGGACCUGGAGGCUGCCCUGCAGCGUGUCUUCUACCCGGACACGGUGGAGGAGUGGCUGGAGGAGAACGUGCACCCCAGCCUGCGGCGGCUGCAGGCUCUGCUACAGGACCUGGGUGAGGCGGCCGGCCCCAGGCAGGACUCAGGUCAGGACCCCUGAGGGGAGAGGCCAAGAACAGGCUUUCAGCAGCCCAGCACCCUUGUCUAGCUGCAUCCAGCCCUAUGUGCCCCUCCUGAGUCCUGGACAGCCAUGCCAGCGGGCAGCAGCCACAGAGUAAAUAUGGAAGGAAAACGCCCCCUGGGCCUAUGCAGUGAUCAGCAUUAGAACUUUCUUUUGAAAUAAAAAGGAGAGUGGAAUCCA